AUGGAUCGUGACACGACACUAGAGAGGCAUCUUCUAAGCCGAAGCUAUGACUCGGAGUCGAGAAUCGUGAAAAUUCUUGAAGAGAGGUACUCAAUCUUUGGAGGGCAGAAACCAUAUAUACCGUUGAUGCCCACAGAGGGUGAAGCAGGCACAGAGAAAGAGGCAAAGCGCCCAUUACUAAAGAACGACGGGACGAGGCCAACGCUGCGCCGGAAAAAGUCAACGAGAGCUGAGCUCAAGCGGUACAUUAAAGCAACAUUGGCCAACCAGAAGAGAGCGGUGAGGAAGCUUCAAAGUGACCGCAGAUUACUGGUGAACAGGCUCCUUGCGAAAUAUCAAAUUCCUCUUUAUGAGGACUACGUGAGUUUGCAUCAGCUCUGGAAUAAGUACAUGAGAGACUUGCUAUUUAGCGAGAACAAGACCCCCAACUUGAAUAUGGUGCUACCGAAGUUGUCUACCGCAGAUUACAACGGGUGCUUAGUGCGUGUGUUGGAGUCCAGAAACCGCAAUAUGGUCGGAAUUGAAGGCAUAGUUGUGUAUGACGCCCAACACUCUUUCAUAGUAGUUGUCAAGCCGAAUACAGAUAGGGAAGAUGGACCAAGUGUUUCACCUGCCGAGAAAGUAGGAGGACUUCGAAUUCUAGCGAAAAGAGGGCUGCUUUUUGGGUUUGAUGUGGUUUGUGAGGAUGGAGAAAAUGCAACGGUUAUGGGGUUCACCAUCAUGGGGUCGAGGUUCGAACAUAGGUCCACCGACAGAUCCGGGCGCAAGUUCAAAGCCCAUAACGUGGAGGAUAUACUAUAG